AAUUCAAUAUGUCAGCCUCCAUAGCAAUGGAUCAUAUGUAUCAAGUGAGGAAAAUUACAGACAUUACAACACAGAAAUGCAGGAUUGACAUUUCUACCCUGAGACAGCUGGAAGUUAAGCCAGCAUCAUAUGCAGUCAUAUCCAUGGAAAGCACAGAAUAUAUCUGUCAAGUUUGGCCAACUCAACACUUAGGGACUGGAAUAGAAGUAGGCACUGCAGUCAAAAAACAUACAGAUGUAAAGAAAGAGAAGACUUGUAAAAUUAAACCACUGAAUGUCGUACCAGGCAAAAGUGUCAGUGUGAGCUUGGUUGUGACUAAGGCAGAAGAUGUGAGAGCAUACAGACGAAUGACUACUGAGAGUGCACAAAACGUAGCGGAUAUCUGUAGGGGACUACUGUAUAAAACCUGUAUAUCUUCCCACUUUGUUGUGGACAAGGAGAAUUGUACUCUGGCCAAAUUACAUGGUAUUUCCCUUAUUCUGAUAGAUAAAGUAUCUGAUGAUAAUUACUGUGUUGUGGACAACACCACAUAUAUAACCGUGAAAGCAAUACAAAGCAGAGAACAUUAUUUGCAAAAACAGGCUACUGUAGAGACCAUUCCUUUAGGAGGCUUAGAUAAGGUUAGUAAAGAGUUAUGUGAAUUCAUACGUUUAUCCUUUAGUGAAAAAUCAACUGCAAACAGUAUUUUGAGGCUCCCCAAAGGAGUUCUUCUGCGUGGCCCACCAGGGACAGGAAAAACGUCACUUGUCAGAAAUGUGUGUAUGAAAUGCAAUGCUUUUAUAAUCUCUGUAAAUGGACCAGAAGUAUUUGGAUCACGUUCAGGAGAAACUGAGGAGAACAUAAAGAAGGUUUUUGAAAAAGCUUUUCUUAUGAGUGAAGAGGGACCCUGUGUUGUUUUUCUGGAUGAAAUUGAUUCAUUGUGUCCGAAAAGGGGGAACUCUGAUGACACCAAUGAUACACGCUCGACAAGUGUGUUCCUCUCUUAUCUAGACAAAAUACAUGACUAUAAGAAUAUAGCUGUAAUAGGGGCCACCAACAGACCUGCUGCUCUGGACCCCAGUCUGAGACGACCUGGACGACUAGACAGAGAGAUCAUGAUAAAUGUUCCUACUCUUAGCCAAAGGAAAGAAAUAUUGAACCAUCAGUGUGCUGAAUUAAGAGUUGAUUCUGGUCUGGAGUUGGAAGUGAUAGCCCAGAUGACCAAUGGAUAUGUAGGUGCAGACUUAAUGUCACUGUGCCAUGAAGCAGCAUUUAGAGCCAUGAGUUCUCUCCAAUCCAGUUUUACAGAAGACAAGGUGACUGAUCCUCCAUUAAUAACAACAAAGCACUUUAAAGAAGCCCUCACAAAAGUGAUGCCAUCCACACAGAAAGGGUCGCCAUGCACCACUGACUUUGAUCCUGUACACUGGGAUGAUAUUGGUGGUUUGGAGGAGGCCAAACUUCAAAUCCAGCAGGCAGUGGAAUGGCCCAUGAAGUACCCAGAGGCAUUUCAUCGUAUGGGUCUGCCAAGUCCACGCGGUGUAUUGUUGUAUGGUCCACCUGGCUGCUGUAAGACUACUCUGGUCAAAGCAGUAGCCACCUCAUCUAAUGCUACCUUUCUGUCCCUCAGUGGAGCCCAGUUAUUCUCACCAUAUGUUGGGGACUCUGAGAAACUUAUCUCAGAGGUCUUCCAGAGAGCUCGGGCAGGUGCCCCUACCCUCAUUUUCUUAGAUGAGAUAGACUCAAUCAUUGGCAAGCGCGCUGAUGGGACGGCACAGAGAGGGGUUCAAGAGAGGGUACUCUCCACACUACUGAAUGAGAUGGAUGGUAUUGGAAUCAGAUUGGAUGAGAAGACAGAUUCUGUUCAAACAGGAGAUGAUGGGCUAGUUAGAGAUCAAGCCAAUAAAAGUGUGCUAGUAGUGGCUGCCACAAAUCGGCCAGACAUGUUGGAUGAGGCUCUGACGAGGCCUGGGAGAUUGGACAGAUCACUUUAUAUACCCCCUCCAGAUACACAGGGUAGACUGGAAAUUCUUAAAGUCUGCACAAAGACCAUGCCAGUAAAGGACAUUGAUUUAUCUGUCGUGGCAACCAAGACUGAAAACUACACUGGAGCUGAUCUUAAAAAUCUCUGCAGAGAGGCUGCGUUGUUAGCAUUGACAGAGAAUUUAGCAUGUGAUGUAGUCACUGAACAGCAUCUUAACACAGCCCUGAUGGUGGUGAAACCUUCACUCACUCCAUCUUUACUGAAGAAAUACAAAUGCUGUUCAGAGGAGAAAAAACUUUUUGUUCUUUGAACUUUCACCUGACUGCACAAGAGAAUGAGUUACAACAGACUGUUUUCAAUUCUUUAAAAAAACCUCCCAAAUAUGCCCAUUUGUCAGAAAUACUGCACACGUCCAGAUCACUUCUAUAAUGUACAAACAAAAUUUACAACAUAAAACAAUGCCUAGACUGCAACAGCACUUCUGUAAUUUAUGCAAUUACUUGCAAAAAAUGUUUUAUUCAAUGCAUCGGACAAACAGAAAAUUUGCUCAGAGAUCGCAUGUACGGACACUUCGCCAGUAUCAGAUCUGUCAAUCAACACAAACCAGUGUCUUGACACUUCACAUCACAAAGCAAAGUGUCACAAUCACACACAAUACAGGAUAUUUCCAUCACGCCACUCGCGAAAACCGCAAACAACAUAAAUCAACAUCUUAGAACUGAAGAAGCUUUCAUACAUAUUUUAAAAACAGUACAUCCUCAAGGACUCCACCAAAAAUAUGGUUAAAGUGAAGUAUAUGAAGAAGAAUCCAGAGAAAACCAAAAUAAAUGAAAUGAACAUCAGCUGCACUAAAUGCGAUCGAACAUUCAAAGACCUGCAAAAUCUAAAGAGGCAUUUUGAACUCCUACAAAAUCCAACGGUAACAAGAUACUACUGUAAUAUCGGCAAAAAAUCCUAUUGCCGCAAAGAUGUGGUAAAACACCAUAUUAAGAAUCACCCUCAGACGGAAUUUGACGAGUCACUCAUUUUCACGUGGUACAAUCCAAGAGAAAUUGCUGAAAAACCAUAAGUAUGGAAUCCGCCAUUUGAAAGCAGACCAAAAUCAGAUAAAAAACAGAUUUUCCGCAUAAUUUCUGCCGAGAAACCAUACAUACACAAACCUUCCAGAUCUACGUCCAAUGAAACAAUCUGCUUUGACGAACUUCGGCUGGAAUUCCAAAAUAGAACUUUAACAGUUUAUGGAAUUUAUGGACUUUUUUAUUAAAAACAUAUCUAAUAUUGUCCAUCUACGCACUGUACUUAAAGAAACAUUAUAAAAUAAUCAUGAUUUGUACAUUGUAUAUACAUUGUACUAUAGCAUUUACAUUGUCAAGCAAACACUUCACAUUUUUUAUUUGUUCAUAGAAACGUCUGCAUUUUUUUACUUCAAUAAAUCAAAUCAGUGUAAACUUGUUCUGAUGACGACCGUGUCCUGGUCGAAACCAGUCAACCAAUAAAUUGUAUCUCAUAUUCUUA